AUGACCCAAAGAGCAAAGAUUGUUUCAUGCCAGUUAAAAAUAAAUGGGGUUUCUGUAAAAACAAGGCUGGUAGGGUCGGAGUAUCGGCAUGAGACAUUGCUUUACUGCUCCCACAAACAUGACAUGAGCAUUGGUGUAUUUCUCCUGCUUCCUCACAACUUAGUUAAGGAAGCUCUUAUUCCGAUGGUGAUUUCAAGAUUAAAGAAAGAAUAUAAUUCUCUUUUGAUACUUGAUCGCCAAACCAUUGAAUUCACAGUAUAG